AUGACAGCGCCCAAGCCAGCGCCCAAGCCAGCACCUGUGGAACUGGUCACGGAAAAGGUCGAAAAGCCUUGGACCGACGAGAGAACCUACCGUGUCAUUCUCUUGCCCAACAAGCUUGAGGCCCUGUUGGUCCACGAUCCAGAGACCGACAAGGCCAGCGCCGCCCUCGACGUCAAUGUCGGAAACUUCAGCGACGAAGAGGAUAUGCCCGGGGUGGCCCAUGCCGUGGAACAUCUUCUUUUCAUGGGCACCAAGAAGUUCCCUGUAGAAAACGAAUACUCGCAGUACCUCGCCUUACACUCUGGAGACUCAAACGCGUACACGGGAGCAACCUCCACCAACUACCACUUUGAUGUUUCUGCAAAGCCUGCCAACGACAUGGAACCCUCUGCCUCGAACCCUUCCCCCUUGAAGGGUGCACUCGACCGCUUCGCCCAGUUCUUCAUCGAGCCUCUCUUCCUCGAAUCGACCCUGAACCGAGAGUUGCACGCCGUCGACGCAGAGCAGAAGAAGAACUUGCAGAGCGACGAAUGGCGACUCUAUCAGCUUGAGAAGAGCCUGUCCAACCCCAAGCACCCCUUCUGCCACUUUGCGACCGGUAACCUCGAAGUUCUCAAGACCCAACCAGAGGCCAAGGGCGUCAAUGUUCGGGCCAAGUUUAUGGAGUUCCACGAGAAGCACUACUCGGCGAACAGGAUGAAGUUGGUGGUUCUGGGACGGGAGCCUUUGGACGUUUUGGAGGACUGGGUCGUAGAAUUAUUUGCUGGAGUCCCCAACAAGAACCUGAUGCCGAACCGCUGGGAGGCUGAGGUACCCUUCCGCGAGAGCGACCUCGGUAUCCAGGUGUUCGCCAAGCCGGUCAUGGACUUGCGCGAACUGCAACUCCUUUUCCCGUUUCUCGACGAGGAGAAAAUGUUCGAGUCGCAGCCCAGCCGAUACAUCAAACACCUGGUCGGCCACGAGGGUCCUGGAAGUAUCAUGGCCUGUCUCAAGGAGAAGGGUUGGGCCACCAAGUUGGACGCCUUCGAAUCCUUAGUCUGCGCGGGCACCCCUGGCACCUUUGACUGCCAUAUUAGCCUGACCGAGGAGGGUCUCAAGAACUACAAGGAGAUCGUCAAGAUACUCUUCCAAUACGUCUCUCUUCUCCGGGAGUCACCGCCCCAAGAGUGGAUCUUUGAUGAACAGAAGGGCAUGGCCGAUUUUGACUUCAAGUUUAAACAAAAGACGCUAGCAAGCCGCUUCACUAGCGAGACUAGUGCCGUCAUGCAGAAGCCUCUGCCGCGCGAGUGGCUUCUCAGUGGAUACAGCCGGCUGCGCAAGUUCGACUCUCAACUGAUUGAUAAGGGACUGGCUUGCUUGAGGCCUGAUAACUUCCGUUUGACCAUCGUGUCGCAGAAGUUCCCUGGCGACUGGGAUCAGAAGGAGAAGUGGUACGGCACCGAGUACCGCCACGAGAAGAUCCCCGACGACUUCAUGGCGGAGAUCAAGGAGGCUGCCUCGAGUUCCGCCUCCGACCGGCUUGCCGAGCUUCACCUCCCCCACAAGAACAACUUCAUUCCCACCAAGCUCGAGGUCGAGAAGAAGGAGGUCAAAGAGCCGGCAGUAGCGCCGCGUGUCAUCCGAAACAGCAGUAUCGCUCGGACGUGGUUCAAAAAAGAUGACACAUUCGGGGUGCCCAAGGCGAACCUUGUCAUCAGCUGCCGGAACCCCAACAUCUACUCGACUGCUGAGAAUGCUGUCAAGGCUAGGCUGUUUACCGACCUCGUUAGGGAUGCGUUGGAAGCCUACUCGUAUGAUGCGGAGCUUGCUGGUCUGCAGUACAGUGUUACACUCGAUGCCCGCGGCUUGUUACUGGACCUCAGUGGAUACAACGACAAGCUGGCGGUUCUCUUGGAGCAGGUUCUCAUCGCCAUGCGCGACCUCGAGAUUAAGGAUCAGAGGUUCGACAUCAUCAAAAAGGACCUGAGCCGAGAAUACAAUGACUGGGAACUUCAGCAGCCCUACCACCAGGUUUCAAACUACACGGCUUGGCUCAACUCUGAGCGUGACUACGUUGUUGAGGAGUCUUUGGCUGAGCUACCCAACAUCACUGCUGAGGACGUCCGCCAGUUCAAGAAGCAGAUUCUUUCACAAGUGCACAUUGAAAGCUAUGUGCACGGCAACUUGUACAAAGAGGACGCCCUCAAGUUGGCUGAUAUGAUUGAGACAAUCCUGAAGCCCCAUGAAUUGCCACGCCCUCAGUGGCCCGUCAUUCGAUCUCUUAUUCUACCCGCCGGAUCAAACUACGUCUACAAGAAGAUGCUGAAGGAUCCAGCAAACGUCAACCACUGCAUCGAGGUGUGGCUAUACGUUGGUGACAAGAGCGACCGCAUGACGCGGGCAAAGACAAUGCUUCUCGACCAGAUGACCAAGGAGCCGGCAUUCGACCAACUCCGAACCAAGGAGAAGCUGGGCUAUGUCGUCUUGAGUGGAGUUCAAAGCUUCUCAACCACCUACGGCUUGUGCUUCACCAUCCAGAGUAAGGAGAGACCCGAAUAUCUCAGGGGGAGAAUCGAAGAAUUCCUGAACUCGUUCACGAAAACCCUAGAAUCCAUGCCCGAGGCCACGUUCAAGGACCACAAGCAAAGUUUAAUUGCGGAGCGCCUAGAAAAGCCCUUGGACCUGACACAGGAGAGUGACUGGCACUGCCAACGGAUCUGGAGUGAAUCCUACGACUUCAACUGGUCUGCUGAAGAUGCCGCGAUCGUCAAAACAAUUACCAAAGAGGAGAUGAUUGAGUUUUACGACCGCCAUAUGAAGCCAGGCUCUCAAGAAGGAGCAAAGCUCUCGGUCCACCUUUACGCUCAGACGGACGAGUCCAUCAGACAUGCCGAGACGGCUGAGACUCCGGAAGCCAGCAGCAAGCCAAUUCCUAUCACAAAUGUCCAUGACUUUCGGAAUGGUCUGAAUUCCAUGAUUCAAACUCCUGUGGGGUUCCUGGAAGAGUUCAUGGAGUGA